AUGGCAAUCUCUCUUCGGCACCAACCUUACAAGGCUUUAUACACCACAUUCGAGUUUGUAGGGACCGUCCUUGUCAAAGUUCCUUUCUGGUUAUUGCUGAGCAUCCCAAGGUCAUGGCGUCCUCGCCCUUCCUGGUCCAUGAAAGACUCUUUUCUGAUUCAACUCCUUCGCCAUCUCGUGUCGGUACGGGCCAAAACAAUGUCUAAGGCCGCAUCAGGCUAUCCAGCCCGCCAACUUGGAGCACUCGGAGAAGGUGUUUACUGUGUCUGGGUAACACCGAUACCUAAACUAGUGGUCGGCGACCUUGCCGUCUGGUCUCGGACUGCUUCCGUGUCUUCCAUCCAUGUUCAAGGAUACUGGUACUGCAAGAGUGUCAACACAACUAUUCCUAAACGAGCGUUACCUGGAGAAAAAGUGUUGUAUUCUCUCCACGGAGGCGCAUAUACCUAUGAUACUGCUCAUCCUUCCGGUUUAAAUGCGAAAGUAAUACGACACCUAUUGAAUUUGGACUGUAGCAUCAACUGCGCUUUCGCCAUCGACUACCGUCUUUCUUCCGAAUCAUCAAAUCCUUUUCCUGCUGCCCUCGUUGACGCUUUGGCUGGCUAUUACCAUCUCGUCCAUACCAUCGGAUUCAAUCCUUCAAAUAUCAUUAUAGAAGGGUCUGCUGGCGGAGGGAACCUAGCGCUAGCCCUCACUCGCUAUCUCAUCGACUACUACGGCCAUAGUGAGGCUGCCGACCUCCCCGAUGUUCCUGGAUCGCUCAUCCUUCUGUCUCCAUGGGCUGACAUUGGACUAGCACCCGUUAAGGCUCGGCUCGAACCUGCCACUAUUAAUAACACUAGGUCCUGGCUAGUUUCCGAUUACAUGUUCGGACCCCAAUGUCCAAUGACGAGCUAUUCCCAACAUGUUUUCUUAGGACCUCAUGGAACAGAUGUGGCUGCUAUAAAUGAAUACAUUUCACCCUCAUCUCGACAUCCUCUGUUAGACUUAGACUUUGAAGAUUUCCCGAGGACGUUCAUUUCUGCUGGUGCAGCGGAGAACCUGUUGCCACAGAUCCGUUUGUUGAAGGACCGAAUGGUACGGGACUUAGGACACGAUGACAAAGGAUCUGAGAAGAGAGGUAAAGUUACAUACCACGAAGCGCCGGAUGCAUCACAUCAUUGUUUGGCCUUGCCAUUCGCGAUACAGAAAGACGCUCAGAGAGAACUUUUGGCUGCUAUUUCUGAAUGGCUUGUUGGCUCUAGACGCUACGCAGAUCUCAUGUGA